AGGACCAAUAGAAUAGAACUAUCCAACAUGCGUUGCCACGACACUAGUCUGUCCCCCUUUUCUUUCAACGCUGUCAAAUUCGCAUGCGUUCUCGAUAAAAAUCUAAAUUAAAGCUUAGAUAGCUGUUUAUAUUUGUGGUGUGUCUUUUCUUUGAUACAAUAUGGGCAUUCUUCGUAUAUUAGAAAUUAUAUUUGUCUUUUAUUUUGCUUCUCACAUUCCUAUUACAUUAUUCAUUGAUCUUCAAGCGUUGCUUCCUGCACAGAUGUAUCCUCAACAGCUGAAAGAUGUUUUGAGAUGGUAUGGGGCUGAGUUCAGAGACCCCAUGAUGCUGGAUCCCCCCAUCUGGUUCAAGUCCUUCAUCUUCUGCGAGGCCCUGGUCCAAACCCCUUUCUUCCCCAUAGCUGCAUACGCCUUCCUGAAAGGAGGCUGCAAGUGGAUCAGGACUCCAGCCAUUGUGUAUUCCACCCACGUAGUCACCACCCUGGUCCCCAUCCUAGCCCACAUCCUCUACUACCCCUUCCCCACAGAGCCCCACCCUGGCCCCCAGACCCAGAAGGAGCGUUACACCUUGGCAGUCAUCUACGCUCCGUACCUCCUGAUUCCUCUGAUGCUGCUGUUCACCAUGCUUUUCAGCUCAGCUUAUAACAUCAACACUCAGGGAGGAAAGGGCUCAGCUAAGGCCAAGAAGAUCAAAUAAGACACUCAUUUCUAGCCUGAGUGCCAGUCUGUUUGUUCUAUUGUCCAACUCCAUUGCUGUCCUUGUCACCUGUUUGGUUUGACAAGGAGUUGGCAUGAUGGCACAAACAGAUUGGCACUCAGGCUACUAAUCCACCUGUACAUUCUGAAUCUCAAGCUCUGUCCAGGCUAUCAUACCUCUAGUCUACAGUACUCAUUUUCAUAGUGAUUUUUUUUCUUUCUCAAGUGAUGAAUUGUCAAUUGGUACAUUUCAAGUCAAUAAAACAUCAUAGGUAUGUUAAA